AUGCCAGACUGUCGGGAGUAUAAGGAAUUAGAUUCCUACCAGUGGCAUGAAGAGUCUCGUAAAGGCCCAUCUGGCAAUCAGAAAGCGGGCAAAAAUUCAACAAGUGCUGACGUUCCAAGCCAGUGGUCUUCAAUACCGUCUGAAACAUCAGUACUGCCAGACCCACCAGUCAGCAGCAGCAGUUUGCCCAUGCGAUUCUUUGUGGAGUAUGAGGAAUCAGAUUCUUGCCGGUGGCAUGAAGGGUCUCGUAAAGGCCCAUCUGGCAAUCAGAAAGCGGGCAUGACAGCAACAAGCGCUAACGUUCCAAGGCAGUGGUCUUCAAUGCCGUCGGAUGAGCAAUACAGACGCGUUCCGUUAACUACAACCUCAUCUGAAUAUAAAAAGAUGGAGAGGCUGUUUAAGAAAAGUGUAAGGAAGCACGUGGUCAUCAAAGGUAUUGAACGUGUGCAGAACCCGUUCAUGUGGGAAAAGUAUCAAAGGAAAAAGGAGAACAUGCUGGCGGUCAAGGCUGGGAGCCAAAAACGAAUUCCUCCCAACGAGAAAAGAUUGUUUCAUGGAACUAGCCCUGAAAACGUGGAAGCCAUCUGUAAACACAACUUUGAUUGGCGCUUGCACGGAAAGAACGCGACGGUGUAUGGGGAGGGAAGCUACUUCGCUUUGAAUGCCUCUUACAGCGACGCUUACGCCAAGAAAGACGAGAAUUCAUGUCGAUUCAUGUUCGUGGCCAAAGUCCUUGUUGGUUCUUAUACUGAGGGCCGCUCCAGUUAUCGAAGACCCCCACAGAAAGAUCCUUCAAACCCAGCGAGCGAUCUGUACGACUCCUGUGUGGAUAACAUAUCAAAACCAACCAUUUUCGUCGUUUUCGAUACCGAUCAGUUCUACCCUGAGUACAUUAUCAAGUAUUCACAUGAGCGUGCUUGCUAUCCAGCUGCAGUAGCAUACCAAGUAGCCCAUGGUGGUUAUCAGAGUGCUUAGUAUUCAUUUUAUGUAGGUAAU